CGAACCUGAGCUCCAAACUUGAAUUUUAUACCUGUUAUCUCUUUGAUAUUGUUGUGCGUGGAAGCGAGAGAUCAUCAGGGCACAUUCAAUCAUGGCUUGGCUCGGGAAUAUCCCGAGUCUCCUGUGCCUACUGUUCAUACUGCAGUCGUAUGAGAUCGCACUGAAUGGGGUAGCUGCCACUGACGCUGUUCCCAACACUGCAGUCAAUGGCAGUGCAAAUCAAGUUGAGCACAUCACGUCACCACCAUACAACUGCCUUGUUCAAUGGCUGAUAUUGGCAGGUGCUAGUCCUACGGAGGCGCAGACGUACGCGACUUCGCCAGGAGUGGUCAAAUUCCAUUUGGAUGAACUGAAAAUAUCUACACUCGGGGAUAUCGUACUCGAGUUGUUGUUGUCUUUCAACUCCAGGCUGGUGAAUAACUUGAAAACCUGCGUCGCUCGAAAUGCAACUUGCCCCACCGACUUAGCAUCUGUGACUCUUCCUUGUGGUGAGGGCGGCAGGUGUAGGCACAGUUCUAGAUACGCAACACCCACAUGUGUAUGUCCACUAGGUCUAACAGAACAACAGUGCCAAUCUGAUAUCGACGAGUGCUCGGAUGCAUCACUUAACAAUUGUGCAGAUUCUACCGUUGCCAAAUGUUGGAACACACAUGGAUCGUUUGGUUGCCAAUGUACGACUGGAUAUUACGGUGAUGGUCGUCUGUGUGAAGAUAUCAACGAGUGUACAAACACACCAUCCCCCUGUCAUGAACACGCUAACUGUAAUAACACUAUUGGAUCGUUUACAUGUACGUGCAAGAACGGUUACCAUGGAAAUGGUCUCCACUGUGAAGCUGAUAUUUGCACAACCUCUCUGGAUUCGAAUCUUUGUCGUGAGGUGAAACAUCUAGACCAGCAAAACAAACAACUACAGAAAAAAUUGGAUCAGCGUGAUCGCCAGAUGUCUAGGCUUCUGAACGAAGUCCAUUCGAUGGCCAAGGCGUUCAGGGCAUACCAUACUGAUAUUUCGCGUGAUAUGAACGAUGUACGCAGCACACUCGAUGCAGAGAAUGAUCGCCUGCGAGAGGAUGUUCGCGAAACUAAAUCCGAACUCCAACAAACAAAAUCUGAACUGCAACAAACAAGAUCAGAACUCCAAGAGACCAAGGCAAUGGUGACAAACAACAAGGCUGCGUUGAUUGCAAGCAACGCCAUGGUGAUGGAUACCAAAGCAAAGAUGAAUGACAACAAGGCCUCAUUGAUUGAUACCAAAGCAAUGGUUAAUGACAACAAGGCCGCAUUGAUUGAUACCAAAGCAAUGGUGAAUGACAACAAGGCCGCAUUGAUUGAUACCAAAGCAAUGGUUAAUGACACCAAGUCGGAUCUUCUCUCCACUAUCUCCACUAUGGCCACCAAAUCUCAACUGCACACUUGCGGUAUUGUUGCAUGGAAAACAUUCCGGAAAGAAACAGGAACCAGAAAUGUUUAUCCAAUGAAUGUAAUUUACAACAAGACCAGAGCUGACACUGUGCUACGUGUCAUGUACACUGCAACGUUUGGAACACGUCAUCACUCAUCAUGGACUACAUUCACAAUCUCUAUUCUCAUCAACAACACAGACUGUCAAGAUCCUGGUCCUAUUAGAAGUGGCGUGUCAGGUAUACAUACGGGAAAUGGUAAUGUUUACACCAUACUUCCAGGAGCAAUCAGUGGUGUGUGUCAUAUCAAUACUGCAGGUCCAUUGCGCAUCACUACUAAACUAGCAGUCGACAGUGGCUCUUUCAAGUAUGAAGGUACCUAUUCAUCUAGUUCGUCACGCAUUACGUCCAGCCUUCACGUUGAAGAAUUGUGUGCCAACAGCAAUGCCUAAAAAACCUUUUCGUCGCCCGAUGCAUGCAUGUAUACCUAAAAUUAAUUGAUAUAAUUAUGGUGAUUGUUAUGCUCGGCAUGCCACAUUGAUGGUACAUGUAUAUAGCAGUACAAUGUACUCUCAGGGCAGGGUCAGUACCAAUUUUGUCAGAUGAUUGAAGCUCAGAGGUUCGACACCGCAACUGCUCGUUCUUCUGUCUGUGUAAAAAUGAUCGACAUUAAUGUCGUCCUGUCGCCCUGUAUGUACCUCUUCUUAGAUCGUAUUUGGAUAAUGGUUUAUCAGACUAUGCCCAUGCUGUGUCUGCACAUUGUCUUCAUCCGCUCGCUUUUGCUGUUGCCCGUACAUGUAGUUUCCAACGUUCGACAUUUGUGGCACUAGAUGGAUAGAGUAGUUACGUUAACACGCUUCGAUUUAGCUUCAACUUAAAUUUUAUUUUUUAUUGCUAUUAAGCAUUACACUUCAAGUACGUUCGUCUCCCCGCCGUCUCCUUAGUACAAUGCUUACUGUACCAGCAUGUCUUAGUGGAUUUCACAAUACAUGUAUCACACAUUAACCCUCUGUCCCAACUAAACAAACCACUGUUCUUCAACAUCACACUCGAUCCUGCAACACCCCCCCCCCCCCCACACACACACAAAACACAUAAGCCGCAUUUAAACAGACAUAAAUGUUCACUUUCACGCGCGCACGCAGUGUUUUGCGUGCCGUGCGCAUUUCACUGUUCGCAUAACAGCAUAACUCAUCAUGUACUGCAUUCCCUAUCUCAAUUCUCUUCAACAACACAGUCUCUCAUCA